AUGCUUUUCAUUGACUAUAGCUUGGCCUUCAAUACUAGCCUGCCGAGCAUCCUUAUCGAAAAGCUGACUGACUUGGAUUCCACCCCCCUCCAUCUGCGACUGGAUCAAAGACUUUCUGAGGGACCGGCCACAAACAUUGAGGGUCUGAGGGUGGACAGGUGUACGAUGGACGGUGUGCGAUGCGUGCGGUGUGCGAUGCGUCUACCACGGGCGCCCCUCUUGCUGCUGGGAGCGGUGCUGGGGGCCUCCUUGCGGGGGGGCGGCUGCGGCUCUCCCUCACACUCCCUGAGCUACUUCUACCUGCAUCUGGCAGAGCCCAGCAAGGGGCAGCCCCAGUUCUUCAUUAGGGGCUACUUGGAUGACCAGCCCAUCAAUCGCUUUGACAGCCUCACCAGGAAGAUGGAGCCUCUGGUCCCUUGGAUGGAGGAGGGGGAGAAGGAGAACUUUCUGGCCCCUAAGUGGGUCUUCAGGACUGACCUGGAGAAGUUAUCAAAACUGGGCCACCGUGCUGGAGGCGAGCAGGGGCUUCACACCUGGCAGGUGGUUUUGGGCUGUGAGCUCAUGGAAGAUGGGAGCAAAGGAGGGUUUUUGCACUAUGGCUACGACGGGAUGGACUUCAUGAGCUUCGACAAGGAGACCCUCAGAUGGGUGGCAGCUCAGCCUCAGGCCCAGAAGCUCAAGAGGAAGUGGGAGGAUGACCCAGGAUGGUCUGAGGGAAACAAAGACUUGCUGGAGGAGCCCUGCAUUGAGUGGCUGCAGAGAUACCUGUCCUACAGGAACAAGACUCUGCAGAUGAUUGAGCCCCCAGUGGGGAAGGUGACCCUCAAGGAGGUGGAUGACCGCCUGGAGGUCCUCAUCUGCCAGGCCUUUGGCUUCUACCCCAAGGAGAUCCAGGCCACCUGGACCAGGGACGGAGAGGUCUGCGAGUACGGGACCCUCCCUAGGAACGUGGCCCCCAACUCGGAUGGGACCUAUUAUGUCUGGCUCAGCAUUGAUAUCGACCCGAAGGAGAGGGACCGUUAUCGGUGUCGCCUAGAGCACCAGGGCUUGCAAGAGCCCCUGGUCUUGGCUUUGGAGGAGGAAACAGCUGAGCUGGUGUGGAUGGGAAAGAGCCUCUCUGAGAGUUGCAGCCAGGAGCCCCCACAAGACCCUCCCCCACAAACAUUUUGA